AUGGCUAAUCAUAUAGAUGAACGCGCGGAUACGUUCGCUGAUCUGGAAUAUCGUAUGAGCAACCCGAAAGCACCACCGCAAGAUGUGGUGAAUCGAAAUGCUGGAAUCAAUAUUAUGAGCAAACAGCCAAUCUCGAAAGCGAUUCAACUCAAAGCAGAAAACUACGAUCUAUGGUUUCAAAAUGAACGUUUAAUGGAAGAAAACGGCACCUUGGGAAACGAAUUGACCAAAUUACAAGAUAAACACGAUAAACUGAUGUAUUUAGCACGUAAUCGUCUCGGAGAAAUUCGCACAAAGUAUCAGAAAUUGGAGCAAGAUAAUCUGGCUUUGAAAACCGAACUCGAACGUUUAGCUCGAGAAUAUGAAGCAACGAAAAAGCUUGUCGAAGAUUAUCGUCGAAUGGAAGAACGUUUCAAAGCAGCAGAUCGCGAAAUGCGUUUGAUGAUCGACACACUAACUCGAAACAAUGAAGAUUUGAAAGGACAAAAUCAAGUUUUGAUUAACGAACUCGAGUUAUUGAAAGAAAAAUACUUCAUCGCCAAGCAAAACUUAGAGAAAUCUAUGCGUGAUGCAUCUGCACUCAAAGAUGAAUACAACAAAACUGUGUACAAUCGUGAUUCUUCCGAAAAGGAAGUCGCUCGGUUGAAUUCGAAACUCAACGAACUAACUGCAGCGAAAAAAUCAGCUGACGAAAAAGUUGAAUUCCUAACCGGUCGUACAAAUAAUUUACAAGUCGAUUUAAGACGUUCGGAAGCGAAUGCCGCCACUUUACAAGAGAAAUUUACCUUAAUCAAAAACGAACGUGAUGCGUUGGAAGCCGAUAGUAAGAACAAGAUGGUCCUCCUCAUGCAAAAACUCAAAGAAUUACAAGUUCAAAAUAAGUCAUCAAUGGAACAAUUACACGCGCAGAGUAAACAAUGUGAUCAUUUGAAUGGUGAAAAUAAACAGCUGCUCGAAUAUGUUAAUGGUUAUCGAAAAGAAAACGAUCUUCUCGCUAAACAACUUGUUUCUGUAAAUACUAAGCAAAAACGUUUAGCCCUCGAAUUAGAAAAAUUGAAAUCGGUCGACGCGUUCAUGAAGAACGAAGAAGCAAUGAAAAUGCAGGACGCUUUGAUGGGCUUAACCGAUCAAUUGACACAACUACGAAAGAAUCAUGCGAACACUUUAGCGGAAAAUCAACGAAUCAAAGAAUUGUUAAUCGAAAAAGAUUCCGUUCUAACCAAUCUCGGUUACGAACGACAUCAGUUACAAGACAAAAUGAUUAAAAAUGAACAUACGAUCCGACAAAUGGAACGUAUGUUGGAUAACAAUCCCGGACAGAAACGAUCGCCAAUGGAGCCAUUGAGUAGCGCAGGACAUGGUGGUUCAGCGACAAAUGCAUAUACAUUUGAUAAUGUUCUCGAAUCUUGA